UCCAGUGCGUUCUCCUGUUCUCCUAACUGCCAUAGCUGUGAUACCGACAUAAUUCUCCUGGUUGAAAAGUGACCGACAAACUGUUUUGUAGGCAUCAUCUGUUUCACUCCAUGCCGGUGAUCAGAGUUUUUGUCCGCCAGAGAAUGAGGAAGUACGGAGUGACAUGACGUAAGUUCCGGUCACCUGAUUUCUUAUCAACACCUUCAAAGCCGCCAUAUUAGAUGUGUAGGUCUUUCGAAGUUUUGGUUUUGUUAUCACUUGGUCUUCGGGCCUGGUGCCCUUCAGAGGAUGGAAGCACCGAAAAAAGGGAGGCUCCUGACUUUUAAAAACAAGACAUUUAAGAUGUGGAGAAAGAGACGACAACGUCCAGCUCUUGAUAAAAAGAGCGGAGUAAAGGAAACCCCAAAUUUACAAAUGCCACCCCUGUCGACAUCUGAGGAGAGUGAAAUGUCUAACUGUGAGACCACUGUGGAUCUGCCUAAACCACAAGAUGAUCAAAGUAUAGGCACAUCUAUAAAAGAACAGAGCUCAACGACUUCAGAUAUAACAUGUGUGGAUAUAACUUCUGUCUAUAUGACCUCAGCAGACAGCGAGAAAAGACUCAAGGAUAUGUCCAGUGAAGGACAAAAACAACUGGUUGUUUGUUUACAACCUAAUGACGUCCUUGGAAAUGACUAUAGAAGAUUGGCUGAUAAAUUGGGAUAUAGGAAUGAUUAUAUCAAGUAUCUAGGAAGUACAGAUGAACCAGUAAAAACAUUAAUUAAGGAAAAAGGAGACAUGAAAAUUCUGGAGUUGAUUCCACUGUUAGAAGAUAUGGGGAGAAACGAUGUGGUGGAAGAACUUCAGAAAAGUUUAAAGGCGACCUCUACUCCAAAGCAAAUAGAAGAGCGAGUAAGGAGACGCGAAAACAAACUGAUGACAACUUGUGAACACUACGAUGCAUUCAUUUGUUUUGGCCAGAAUGAUAGACAAUUUGUUGACUCGCUGACUAAAAAGAUGGAGGGUCGACCUUACAAGUUACAUCUUUGUUUGAGUGAACGGGACUUUCUGCCUGGUGGAUCCAUUUAUGACAUAACUGCUGAGGCCAUUGAAAGGUGUUCAAAGUUUGUGGUUAUCUUGUCAAAACAUUUCGACAACAGUGAUGGUGCACGCUAUGAAUCACAGAUUGCCAUGAGUCUUGCACCAGGGGCCAAAGAGAAACGACUUAUACCAGUUCUCAUUGAUGAGGAUUAUAGAGGGAAGAUUCCACGCUCUAUUUCUCAUAUCACCUACCUUGAUCGCCUUCGACAAGAAGAGAAUGACUUUUGGAAAAAACUAGCAACAUCACUUGGCUGGAAGGAACACAAAAACGGCUGUAAAAAGAAGCAUACCAGCUAGGUUAUUGGCCUUAUAUGUCCUUUUAAAGUACAAAGCAUCUUAAAUUUUCUUAACAUGGAAAAUCCAAAAAAAAAAUCAGCAACCCAUGAAAGUGUCAUUUGUACAGCAUUUAUCUGAGUGGCACUGUGGCACUUUGUGGGAGGUGUGGUGGCCUCAAGGUUAGUUUGCUGGACUUCAGAUCAAGCAGUCUGGGUUUGAGCCCUGGCCAGGGACAUUGUGUUGUGUUCUUGAGCCACACACUUUAUUCUUAC